ACCUGCCAAGUUUGACAUGGGGUCAAGCACAAUGGUGAAGUAGAAUCAAUUGUCAACACAAUUAUUAAUUCACAAUGGACGAUUCCUGGGUCCUGAGGAAAAGAGGAUAUACAUUGGGCAUCAGUCUGGGUGAGGGGUCAUAUGCAAAAGUCAAAUCGGCUUAUUCUGAGCGUUUGAAGACGAAUGUUGCCAUCAAAAUUAUCAACAAAAAGAAGGCUCCGUCUGAUUUCUUGGCGAAAUUCUUACCUCGGGAACUAGAGAUCCUUGCGUCUCUGGACCACUGCAACAUUGUCAAAACCUUCGAGAUCUUUGAUACUUGCCAUGGGAAAGUGUACAUGAUUAUGGAGCUUGGUGUGCAGGGGGACCUGUUGGAGUUAAUCAAAUUUAGAGGCAGUCUACCUGAAGAUUUCUGCAAGAAACUAUUCCGACAGCUGUCACAGGCGAUCAAGUUCCUGCACGACCUAGAUGUUGUCCACAGAGACCUGAAAUGUGAAAACCUACUGUUGGACAAGAACUUCAACCUCAAAGUUUCUGACUUUGGUUUCAGCAGGAGGCUCGGUUACGACGGGGAUGGACGAAUGGUUCUGAGCGAAACUUUUUGCGGCUCUGCGGCAUACGCUGCCCCGGAGGUACUAGAGGGAACCCCAUACAACCCCAAGGUCUGUGACGUCUGGAGUAUGGGAGUCGUUCUGUUCGUCAUGGUCUGUGGGUCUAUGCCCUUCGACGACUCUAACAUGAAGAAGAUGUUGAGGAUUCAGAAGGAGCACCGCGUUGUAGUACCACGCAGCCAAACCGUCCCGGCAGAGUGCAUAGACCUAAUAUCUCGGUUGCUUAACCCGGACGUGGCCAGGCGAAUAGAGAUCAAUGAUAUCAUUGAGCACCAAUGGUUGCAGGACAAAUGCAAAGCACAAGGAAGUAAGAAACCAUCGGAUUUACCCUCUACAUCUAAAGGAGCCGUUUAGGCAGGUACGAUACCUCAGCGGCUUCAUGAUGCAAAAAUUACGACUAGGUCUAAACGUAAAAUAAAGAUAUUACAUCUUUGUGAACAUCGAGGACCAACAUCUUGACAAUGUUCUGUUCAAACUGGAAACUGGUUCAGGUGUUGGGAUAGAAGGGUAUAACUUGGCAACAUUUAAAGACCAUUUUAAUGGAAAAUGCAUAGAACAAUGAGAAAACCAACUUGAUUAAGGGCUGUAUUUACAAAACUAAAUAUUGUGCGAAA